GGUUCACCUUGGUGCUGUGUGUGCAUGUGUGUUUAGAACAACACAUAAUCUUGUUAUAGAGCUCCCAUUGUGCAGACUGUGGCGAUAAACAGACUUGGCAAGACCAGGCUUGUUGAUUGAGAUCCUAACUCUCACAGUGCUCUCUUUACUGACAGCAAGGAAAAGAUAUUCAUCUCCGCUAGUUUUGCUUUUACUUUUGGAAAAUGCCUACAGAUUUCAAUGGAUAUUGGAAGAUGCUCAGUAAUGACAACUUUGAGGAGUACUUGAAAGCAUUGGACUUGAAUGUUGCAAUUCGGAAAGUCGUUACCUUGCUGAAACCCGAUAAAGACGUCAUUCAGAAUGGAGAUCACAUGAUCAUUAAAACUCUCAGCACCUUUAAAAAUUAUGUCAUGGAUUUCGAAGUCGGUAAGGAGUUCGAAGAGGAUUUGUCGGGGGUGGAUGAUCGCAAAUGCAUGACCACAGUGACCUGGGAAGGAGAGAAGCUUGUGUGUGUGCAGAAAGGAGAGAAACCAGGAAGAGGCUGGACUCAGUGGGUGGAUGGAGAUGAAAUGCACCUGGAAAUAAGGGUUAAUGGAGUAGUAUGCAAACAAGUCUUCAAGAAGGUGCAGCAAUGAGACUUUGUACAAAACUGGAGAAAACAUGGAGAUAACUGCAAGAACACGGAGGCAAAUUCGACGAUUCCAGCAAAACAUGUAUCUUCGAGAUCAGACAAGGAAAAAUGACAUGGUUUCAGUUUCUUAAAGACUGUACUGUCGGAAAUGGACCUUUCUCCAUAUUCAACAGUGCCUCUAUUUAGUUGCUUAUUCCAACUAAUAUACUGAUCAAGGAAAAACUGCAAUCUGUUUCAUUUUCUGGUACAGUAGUGUAAAGGUCCAGUGACAUUAGCUUCACAAGCACUAUCCACAAUAACUUCAGUUGUAACCGACCUCUUUUUCUGAAUUUGUUACACAACUGUGCACAAUUUCUGAAUAAAAGGAACCAAAACCA